AUGCCACCCAUCCUCCACCUCGUCCGCCACGCUCAAGCGCAGCACAAUGUCCACGUCAACAACCACUACCUCAUCGACCCGUGCCUGACCGAUCUCGGGAAAGGACAAUGCAGCCAACUGAAAACCUCAUUCCCCAAAACCGAACACAUCGAUCUUAUCGUUGCCUCGCCUCUCAAACGAACAAUUCAGACAGCUCUGAUCGCCUUCGAAGACGUUCUACGAGACAAUAAUCUUCGAGUCCUCUGUCUACCUGAAUUGCAGGAGACGAGCAAUUUACCUUGCGAUACGGGAUCUUCGAGAGAGGUGCUGGAAAAGGAGUUUGGUGAUCAACCAGUCAAUUUGGAUCAUGUGACGCCGAAUUGGGAGUGUAAAGUAGGGCGUUGGGCUCCUGAUGUUGAGGCUGUACAGACAAGGGCAAGGCAGGUGAGAGUCUGGUUGAGGGAUCGGCCUGAGAGGAAUAUCGUUGUUGUGACGCAUGGCGGGUUUCUGCAUUUCUUCACGGAAAAUUGGAGCGAGCACGAUCUAUUUUCUGGAACGGGGUGGGCGAAUACUGAGUGGCGCAGUGUUCGUUUCACCUCGGAGGAGAAAGGGCCACCGACCAGCACAGAUAAUGCAGAAGACGCUAAGCAGGACAUGGCUCAUGUGGAAGAACUUCCCGAAUCGCAGGAGAGGCGUCGACAUGAGGCGCAAAUACGAGAAGCUGCAGAGAGGGAGCACAAGAAGACCACAGAUGCCCAUGUCGACGCAGAAGGUUGCGACACAGCUGAACGUGUUAAUGAUGAUAUUUCGCGAAGCCAUGGCAGCACUUCCGCUCCUAGCCAAAUUGAGGUUGGAGCGACAGCAUAA